UUAUAUUUUUCUUUUCAUUAGACAAGAAGUUAUGAAAUGGAAUGGAUGGGGCUAUAAUGAUUCCAAGUUCUUCUUCAAUAAGAAGGGCCAGGUUGAGCUGACUGGGAAAAGGUACCCUCUUAGUGGCUUGGUUUUACCGACUUUGAAAGACUGGAUCCAAAACACCCUUGGAGUAAGUGUGGAGCACAAAACUACCUCUAAAGCAUCCUUAAAUCCUAGUGAAGUACCUCCUUCUCUUGUAAAUGAAGAUUUCCUUCAGGAACUUAAAGAAACGCAUAUUUCCUACUCACAGGAAGCAGAUGAUCGAGUGUUCAGAGCUCACGGUCAUUGUCUUCAUGAGAUAUUUUUGCUCAGGGAAGGGAUGUUGGAACGGAUUCCUGAUAUAGUUGUUUGGCCAACGUGUCAUGAUGAUGUAGUUAAGAUUGUGAAUCUAGCAUGCAAAUAUAACCUUUGUAUCAUACCAAUUGGUGGAGGAACAAGUGUAUCAUAUGGCUUGAUGUGUCCUGCAGAUGAGACAAGAACAAUAAUUUCUUUGGACACUUCACAAAUGAACCGGAUUCUCUGGGUUGAUGAGAACAAUCUGACAGCUCACGUAGAGGCUGGGAUAACAGGACAAGAGUUGGAAAGACAGCUUAAAGAAAGUGGUUAUUGUACAGGUCAUGAACCAGACUCCCUGGAAUUCAGCACUGUGGGAGGAUGGAUAUCGACUCGAGCAUCAGGCAUGAAGAAAAAUAUCUAUGGCAAUAUUGAGGACCUGGUGGUUCAUAUGAAAAUGGUAACACCUAGAGGAGUAAUAGAGAAAAGCUCCCAAGGACCUCGUAUGUCAACAGGCCCUGAUAUCCAUCACUUCAUCAUGGGAUCUGAAGGAACUCUUGGUGUAAUAACAGAAGCUACAAUAAAAAUCAGACCAACCCCUGAAUACCAAAAGUAUGGCUCGGUAGCUUUCCCUAAUUUUGAACAAGGAGUAGCCUGUUUAAGAGAAAUUGCAAAGCAGAGAUGUGCUCCUGCAUCUAUCCGCCUCAUGGACAACCAGCAGUUUCAGUUUGGUCAUGCUCUUAAACCUCAGGUCUCCUCUAUUUUUACAUCAUUUUUGGAUGGAUUAAAAAAGUUUUAUAUUACAAAGUUUAAAGGAUUUGAUCCGAAUCAACUAAGUGUAGCCACAUUACUGUUCGAGGGGGACCGUGAGAAGGUUCUUCAGCAUGAAAAACAAGUAUAUGACAUUGCUGCAAAAUUUGGUGGUCUGGCAGCUGGAGAAGAUAAUGGACAGAGGGGUUAUUUGCUGACUUAUGUCAUUGCAUACAUGCGUGAUUUGGGUUUAGAAUACUAUGUAGUAGGAGAAUCUUUUGAGACUUCUGCUCCUUGGGACAGGGUUAUAGAUCUGUGUAGAAAUGUAAAAGAGAGGAUAAGAAGGGAAUGCAAAGAAAAGGGUGUUCAGUUUGCACCUCUUUCUACAUGCAGGGUGACACAGACGUACGAUGCAGGUGCAUGUAUCUACUUCUAUUUUGCCUUUAACUACAGGGGAAUUAGUGACCCACUGACUGUGUUUGAACAAACCGAGGCAGCUGCUAGAGAUGAAAUCCUUGCCAAUGGAGGGAGCCUGUCACAUCACCAUGGAGUGGGCAAGUUACGAAAGCAGUGGCUAAAGGAGAGCAUCUCUGAUGUCGGCUUUGGGAUGCUAAAGUCUGUCAAGGAAUAUGUGGACCCCAGUAACAUCUUUGGAAACAGAAACCUUUUGUAACUCCAUGGAUAGCAUUAUGAAAAAUGUUACCUUUUUAAAGUCAUCAGCUAUGGUUAUACCAGUAAUCAAAUAUAUCAAGGACUGUACAUUUGUUUGUUGGUUUCAAAUAAGUUGGUUUUUGUUCUGUGCUUUGUUUCUACAUCUAUAGAUUGACAGAUGGCGUUCCUAGGUCUCUCUCAUUGUAGAUGUACCCGUUUAUAGCCAACUAACUGGUUGUCAUUUCAGAUUUUAGUCAGGCAGCACAAGGCUGUCCGUUAUCUGAAGAAGAUGCUGCCAGCUGUUUUAUGUGCUCCUCUAGGUGAGCCGAGGCAGAUGGUGUCAUCUGCUGCUCAUCUAGCCUCUCCUCUGUUGUGUCCUUUCUUAAACAUUUCUCUAAAGCAGAUAUCUAGCAAAGAUUCUGCUGGGGAGAGAUAUUUGUGUGUUGUUAAAAUUGUCCUUUCCUGGGAGUAGGCCAUUGAGGGAGAGGACACUCAGGCCAGAGCCAGCAGUCUGUUACUAGCAUGCCUUCAUCUGUAUAAGGUGCUCAGCCUAAGCUUUGCUUGAAGUGAAUACACAAUUACAAACUUAAAUUGCCAACAUACAAAUUACUCUGUGAGCAGACACAUUUUUGUCCUCAUGUCUGUUUCUAGUAGGUGUGAGUUGUAUUUGUGUCACUGUGAGUAACCUGUUGUUGUGUCCUACACCAUCCGUAGCAUGCUUUGUAAGAAAAGCUGCCUUAGCACAGGCGAUGGGCAGGUUUACCAUGAAUUGAAGGCUAUUGUCCGUCCCCCAGUCCGCAUGUCAUGCUGUCUCAUGCUUGUUGCCAAGCUGCACAGGCAGCUGCAGCAUGGACAAAAGGAAGGCUCCUGAACCUGCUGUCUCCAGUUUAAAGAAUUAUUUGGCUAAAGAAACAGUCGUCAGUUGACUCUUAGAUUUGAAAGCCUCUAUAAUUUCAAUGACAACAAUCUUUUUUUCUAAUUAGCCACAAAUAGCCUGAUAAAUUUUCAUGGAAAAUUAGUUUCAAUUCAGUUCUUAAUAAUGGUUUAAUGACUUUUUGAAUUACUGGUUUAACCUAAAUUUUAAAAAUGUAUUACUGCAUAUGCCAUAAUCACAAGUUUGAAAUAUCCUAUUUCUUAAAUAAAAGAGACUAUUAAUCACAUUUAGCAGACAUUUUUACACUCACAACUGGAUAUUGAAAUAAGUGGAACAAUUGCUUUAAAUCAUUGUUGAGGUUUCUGAUUCACAUUGUGAGAUGGGUUCUUUUCUUAAUGCAAUAUCUAACUUUUGAUAAUUUUUUUAAAUAUUUAAUCAGAUAAUGUAAGUCAAACUGCAAACGAUCCUUUAAAAGGACACAUUGUUUGUCUAUGUAGCCACAGCUCCAAAUAUAUUGGGGCAGUUUGAUACCUUUUAUAUCUGAAGUAGCCUUAAACAGAACAGUGAAAAUUUAAAAUUGACAAAAUGAUAUUUUUAAGACUUCAAAAUGAUAAGUAAUUUUUAACUAUUAAAAUUGGCCUCAAACUAACAAAUUUAAAUCUGUAGGAAAAAUCAAUAUUAAGCAUUAGUUCAAUGUUUAUUUUUUGGAAGCUGCCUCUUUAUUGAUGAUUUAUUUUCAAUUAUAAAAUUUCCAUAUCUUUGAUUAAAGAUUUUGAUGGUUUGAAAUAGCUGGACACUCAAGGAAAUAGCCUUUAGAACUAUAAGAUUCUUUAUAAAAUGCAUCUCUUCAUGAAGGUGAUUCUCUAAUUGGUGAUUGAUAUGUAACAUUUAGUAAGAUUCCAACAUCUCACUGGAAGUGUAUACAUGUUUCCAAGUAAUUAUUUUUAAUAAACAAAUUUAUUAGCAUAUCCAUUUCCUUGCAUGUGAUUGUUAAAACCUUUUCUCCAAGGAGUUCAGAUUUCCACAGCCUUGGCAAUCUGUGCUGUAAGUGUAACUGUCACCUGAAGUAGUUGGAUUCACUGUCUGACAUGAACUUUAUGGAGGUUAGCAGUUUAUGUCUUUCUCUUUUCCUCUGUAUGCAGUCCUGACCAACCUUGAUUCUAUAAUGGUUACUACAUUUUUCAACAGGGAUCAUUUUGAGACACAAGAACAUUCACUAGUACUGUUUCACUCUGGCUGUAAAUCAGGAAGCCUUGCCACCCACUUCUGGGAGGUGCCUCCAGGUAGACUGUGUCUUUGGAGGAACAUGAGUUUAUGAAUAUGCACAAAGCACUUAUUAAACCUUGCCUCUUUCAGAAGUGUCUGCACGUGGCUUCAUGAAGCUAAACCUAGGAGAAUAUUGUUACCCAAAGCAUCUUAACUCAUAGGUUAGUUUCUUUAAAAGCCUGUUUGAUAUUCAGAAGCACCUAACACUGACCUAUCCUUAGAUUAGUUAUAUGUGUGAUAUUUUGCUUAAGUAUGGUGAUGUCACAUGUAGGUUGGGACUUUAGUGAGAUUUAAAUCCUAAAGACUCAAAUGGACAGGCUUUAUUGACCUUGGAGAAACUGUUGCCUUAAUGUGUGGUGUGAUGUAUAGUGGUGCAUAAGUGAAUUGAGUCUCAUGCUAUGUUCCUUGAGCCUCUUAUUUAGCUGGAAUGUGAGGCCACAUAUUUCUUGUGUCCAGUAUUUCAUCAAAGAAUACAGGAUUAAAUUCUGCUUACAUAUUGUAGGAAUAUUGAUCUAACAUUAUUUAUGAAUCUGAAAGCCUUCUAGUAUUCAUAUUUGUGUUAUUAGUUUAUUUUGGAAAACAAAAGUUCAAUAAAAGACAAGCUUCCAUCAGUGUGUAUAUUAUAUUAGAUAUAAACACAUGCAAGAACCCUCCCUUUUUCCCCCUCCAGAAUAUUGUAACCAAGUACUAGUUUGCAUAUUUGAAAAAGCCUUUCUGCAUGUUAGUCCCAGAGAUUUUCCUUUGUCAUAUUCUUUCGUACCAACAGCUUCUAACUAUAGCUGAUCAGAGAAGCUCUGAAGUGCUGACAUGAAGUGUGCUGCUCCAAAUGGAGCUGGGUUUGGUAUCACUGUCAGAACACAGUGAUGUAGAGGGACCCUUCACACCGUGGGUGACAAUGCCUGAGCAGCCACAGAUGCUGCCUAUGGAAGGUUUAUCUCCAGUUUGAGGAGCUCUGAGAGACACCAAUGAAUAGCUUUAGUAAAUUUGAGGGGUAUUUUCCCCCUCACUUCUUCAGUGAUUUUGAUUUUAACUGGGCUCCACUUGUGGCAGGGAGCACAGCAGGGAGCAUACAGGAGCAGGCUAGGACUGGAGAGUCUGAGUUUCUGCCUUUGGCUUUGUCCUUUGUGGAGGCUUAACUUGGCUCAGGGCUUUAUACUCCAGUAGGAGCCAUCUGCCUGCAGAUUCAUUUAAUUCUUUCUCUUUGCUGAAAAAAAGAAAAUCACUUCUACAACGAGAGGGAAAUCUAGAAAGUAUAAAAGUUUUCUUCAACUGUUGAAGUGUGUGUCUGACAUGAAGGAUGUAACCCAGCUUUCUGUUCUUAAGCCAAAUAGUGUUUGUCUUCAGUGUGAAACUUAACUGUAAAAACUGCUUGUAUAAUGUUAACAGAUUAUAGAAACAUUAUUAAUAAAAUGGACAUGGCCUAUGAUUUUUUUAAAUCAAAAGGAGGUGUGAAGCUGUUUUUUCUUCUGUUUGCAUAUAAGUCUGCUAAUGUAGCAUAAUCAAGACAAACUUAACUAUGACUAAAUCCCUUUGACUUUAUAGCUGAA